AUAUACUGUCAGCAGCCAAUGUUUUUGAAUCUGGUGGAAAAGUCAGAUGUGUUUGAACUAAUAGACAACAUUUGCAUCACACUGUUUCCUCUGCCCGAUGAUCCUAAUACGUUUAUGAUAUAUUCCUCACGUGUCUAUUGUGAUGGAUCCAUCGAUGUUUUUACUUCAAUUGGAACCGAUAUCUCAACGGGUAAAUCCCGAAAAGCAAGUCCUUUUUUUUACUUUUACGGAGACAUAUUUUGGGUACGCUGGUUGUGACACUUAUUUGACUUUACACUGUAACGAGUUUGGAAGUGAUGUACCACCAUCGAUAUUCACGAGUUCCUUCAGUUGUCGCCCCAUUGGUCUAUCUUGCUUGCACAAGAUCGAGGAGAUCAUACAAGAGAGUGGGCUACGCUCCAUGGAGUUCUAUGCUCUACCAAUGAAGCUGCCCAACCGCUGUGUCACUCAACAAGCCUGUGUUGUUCCACCGAAUCCUUUCUCCUUCGCUGGCUACGCAGGAGUCACUCACUUUUAAAGAAGUUUUACUGUCAUAGAACAAAUUAAAUUACAAAUAUAAAACGAAACAGAUUAAACAGAGCACCAAUAGUAG